AUGUCUGGCGAUAAACGAGUUCAUACUUCUGUCCCCGACACCGAGACGGCAAUAGAUAGGAAUUUGCCCGAAUUUCCUGCAGCGAAGCCUAUUGACGAGGAUAAUUAUUUCAGGCUUCAUAAACCUCCCCCUUACCUUUCUCAGAUAUCCAGAGAUGUUGCGGACUUCAUCAAUUACCACCAUCUCCAAAAGCGCAAAAUUGUGCUGGUCACUUCGGGGGGUACCACGGUACCUUUAGAGAACAACACUGUCCGGUUCAUUGACAACUUCAGUGCGGGGACGAGAGGUGCUACUAGCGCAGAGUACUUCUUGGAAAACGGAUACGCAGUGGUAUUUCUCCACAGAGAAUUCUCCCUGCUACCUUAUUCAAGACACUACAGUCAUACCACUAAUUGUUUUCUAGAUUAUAUGACAGAGUCAGAAGAUGGGAAAGUGGAAGUCAAUGCUGAGUUCCAAAAAGAGAUGAUUGUUGUGCUCCGUAAAUAUAGACACGCUCAGAACAACAACUUGCUUUUACUCGUCCCAUUCACUACCGUGCACCAAUACCUAUUCACUUUGAAACUCAUUGCGCAAGAACUUUCGGUGAUUGGUUCCGAUGCACUCUUUUAUUUAGCGGCAGCCGUCUCGGAUUUCUUUCUUCCUUCCUCUCGAGUUCCUGAGCAUAAAAUUCAAAGUCAAGAGUCAGGAGGGAAAUUGGUGGUCGAUUUGGAGCCCGUUCCCAAGUUUUUGAGCAGACUUGUGGACUCGUGGGCCCCAAUUUCUAUGAUAGUAUCGUUCAAGUUGGAAACCGAUAGUUCAAUCUUGAUUAAAAAAGCGAAAGGCGCACUCGAGAGAUAUAAUCAUCAGCUGGUUAUUGGCAAUUUACUGCAAAGCAGAAAAUACGAGGUUGUCUUUGUUACCAAAGAUAGCGAAAGAUGGGUGCGUUUGUCAAAGGACCAGGUGGAUGCAGGUAUUGACAUUGAGUCUCUCAUCAUCCCUGAGGUUAUCAAAUUACACAAAUCUUCCAUCGAAGAGAAGAAAAAAAUGGGUUUGUAG